CUAGUAAAUGGCUUUAUUUCUGCGCAGGCGCGCAAGAGAAGGCGCAUUGCCUAUAUCAUGAUGCAGUGCUCUGUCGGAAAAUAGAAUGUCGUAAGUGCCUGUAACUUCGAUAUGGAGUCGGUCAUCGUCUUCGACUCGGAGAAACCUGAGUUCGCUCCCAUGUGUUUCCUGCAUGUACAGCGUGGCCUCCGUGGGUUUCGUGAGGAAUAAAGCUCACGUAUUUCGACUAUUGAGUCGCUAUACGUUGAUAGCGAGCUUUGUCAUGGGCAUCUUCAAGACAAGGAGCAGUGCAAAUGGUCGACGAAAAGCAGGUAAGGAAUUUGAUCGCAAGCUCCGCCAUCAAUUCCGCCUGAUGGCAUACGAAUGUGUUGAUCACCAACUUUCCGGGAACUUACGACAAUCAAGCGAUAUGACAGGCUCAGCAUAGAAAAUAAGCUUAGCGAACAGAGUUACAAGACCGGAUGCACGUUGUACGCUACGAGAGACAUCGAGAAAAUA